GCGAGGCCUGGGGUGGCGCACGGCGUGGGCGACGGGCCCGGAGGGACCGGGGAGCCUGAGGCGGGUCGCGCGGACAUCGCCGCGGGUCUGGGUUCAACAAAGCCACGGAACCUGCCUAUCUCUUCCCGCGGCGCGGGGACAUGCACCGGGGCUGCAAAAGGGCACAGGGACGAGAGCGCGCCCCUAAAAGACCACCUGCACCAUUUUUAAAAAAGUGACCCCUUGCAGGAGGCUCUCGGAUUUUUUUUUUUUUUUUUGGAACCACAACGCGACCGGAAGUAGGUUUGCCCCUAUCAAAGAUGGCGGAAAGCUUGCUGGUCUCCAAGGGAACAUCACGUAAUGGCUUCAAGCGGGAGGGGACCGACUGCGCACGCGUACGUGUGCACGCCACCGGAAGGGAUGCGUUUAGACCAAGAGUUGGUGGUUAGUACGCGUGCGCAGUAGGCUCUGCUGUCAACUGUGUUACGCCAAUGGUGGAAAAGAAACCCUCCGUUCGCUCCCAGGACCCUGGACAGCGGCGGGUGCUGGACCGGGCAGCCAGGCAGAGGCGGAUCAACCGACAGUUGGAGGCAUUAGAGAACGACAACUUCCAGGAUGACCCCCACGCCGGCCUCCCCCAGCUGGGCAAGAGACUACCUCAGUUCGAUGAUGAUGCAGACACAGGAAAGAAAAAGAAGAAAACUCGAGGCGACCACUUCAAACUUCGCUUCCGCAAAAACUUCCAGGCUUUGCUGGAGGAGCAGAACCUGAGUGCAUCUGAGGGCCCCAACUACUUGACAGCCUGUGCGGGUCCGCCAUCUCGGCCCCAGCGUCCCUUCUGUGCUGUGUGUGGCUUCCCAUCCCCGUAUACCUGUGUAAGCUGUGGUGCCCGGUAUUGCACGGUGCGCUGCCUGGGCACCCAUCAGGAGACCCGGUGUCUGAAGUGGACUGUGUAAACCUGGCAUCAGGGAGAAGUACCCCCAACUCUCCCCAACCCACCCCAGCUCAUCCACAAAGGACAGCGAGAAAGGAUCUACCCAUUCACCCAGCAAAGCUGUACCCUGCCGACCAAGGAGGGCCCCACGGACCCCAGGGACUGUUGUGGGGGUGAUCCAGCCCACAGAGUGCUGUGAUAAUAAAUGACGUGGUAAAAGGA